AUUCGAUAAAGUCGUUAUUUGACAGUCGAGCGAGAGUCUUCGCACAAAAUGAUCGGCUUCAUAAUAACGUCAUUUUUGAUUACCCUUUGUAUCGUGCGUUUAUAUAAAAAUGCAUAUAAAAGGCCGUUGGACACAUUUCCACCAGGACCGAUUAGCUUACCAGUUUAUGGGGCUUACUGGAUCGUACUUAUGAGAGAGAUUAACAAUUUGGGAGGAUCGCUUAGAAAGCUCGCUAGAUAUUACGAUACAAAGGUACUAGGAAUGUAUCUCGGGAAAUUCCCUACAAUUGUUGUUGACGAUCCAAAAUUAAUAAAGCAAACACUGAAUAAUGAAGAUUUCGAUGGCCGCUUGGAUAUCAUCAUAUCCCGCCUACGGUCGUUUUGGAAAAGACUCGGUAUAUUCUUCACAGACGGAUACUUUUGGCACGUUCAGAGAAGAUUCACCCUUAGGUGCUUGAGGGAUUUUGGUUUCGGAAGGAGAGAUGAAACCCUUGAAACUGUUAUAGCUAAUGAGACUAUGGAAAUGGUUGAUUUGGUGCUAAAUGGACCAAAGUAUCCCGAGGAAAAGGAAUUAGUGAAAGGAGACCUUAUAUUUCUACAACAUUACUUCGCUGUGCCGUUUAUAAAUGGUAUUCUUCAUAUUUUCACGCGGUCGACUAAACCGAGAUCUGAAUACCACGUCCUGUGGGACCUGGCACGCAAAACCCUGCUAUUUCAACGAGGAACUAAUGACUUAGGUGGUGCAAUAACCCUGACUCCUUGGUUAAAAGAUGUGAUGCCAAACUACAGCGGUUACACAAAUCUGUGUAAAGGAAAUCAAAAUUUAUUGGAUUUCUUUAGUAAACUUAUAAAACAAACGUACGUCACCCAGGAUGAUAGCCACGACCGUCAUUUCUUAGACUGUUAUGUAAGAAAAAUGAAAGAAGAACAAAAAAGCGGACACCGCACAACAUUUUCAGAUGAACAACUUCAACUGGUCUGUACGGACUACAUGUUUCCGGCAGCGACUGGAAUACAAUCGGUGCUCACGUUUCUAAUCGAAAGAAUACUUCUACAGCCCGAGAUACAAGAUAAAAUUCAUGAAGAGAUCGACAGGGUAGUUGGACGCGACCGCCUUCCAACGCUCGAUGAUAGACAGAACAUGCCUUAUUUGGAAGCUUGUCUACGAGAGAUAAUGAGAUUCGAGACACUUGUGCCGCUUGGGGUACCACAUCGCACAAUGAAGGACUGUAAGCUGGAAGGCUACGAUAUUCCAGAGAAUACAGUAGUAGUAUUCAAUUACGUCACUCUUCAUUUUGAUAAGGAUAUUUGGGGCGAUCCGGAAAAUUUUAGACCAGAACGUUUCAUAACAAACGGAGUAUUAGAUUUAUCCAAGGACAAAUCUCUUCCAUUUGGAGCUGGUAAAAGGCUGUGUGCAGGUGAAACAUACGCGCGUCAGUCAAUGUUCCAAGUCUUUGCCGGAUUUAUGCAAGCGUUCAGUGUAUCUACAGCCGACGGUAAACCUCUUACGAAACCUGCCCGGAGAAUCCAAGGCAUCAUUACAACAGUACCUGAAUUCUGGGUGCGUGUCACACCUAGAGUAUAUGAAAUUAAUAAAAAAUAAGUUAAUUUUAUAAUUAUAUUAUCAGCUGCCAAAUAAAUUGUAUGUUUAU